AUGGCCCAAAGCACCCAAACCACAGCCCCCGGGGCCGCGGGCGCAGCUAUCUACAACGCGCUCACUUUAUCAUUAUACGACAUCUGGGUACUUGGUCUGUCCAAUUCAUUCGCCUGGAGCUGCCCAACAAAAAGCGUACAACUCCCGUUCUUCAAGCAGUUCAUUGGAAAAUCCCAUCUUGACAUUGGCCCUGGGACCGGCUACUACCUCACAAACGCCAAUAUUCCAAAGAGUACACAAGUCACAUUGUUGGAUCUGAAUCCGCAUUCUUUGGGAUUUGCAAAGCAACGUUUGGGCAGAUCCGAUACUCAAACCGUACAGGCGGAUGUCACACAACCAAUCCCAGUAACUCAAGUUUAUGAUUCUAUCUCGAUGUUCUUUGUUCUCCAUUGCCUUCCCGGUCCGUCGGAGCGCAAGACUCAAGUGUUCCAGAACUUGAAGCCGCUUCUUUCGGAGAACGGGGUAAUCUAUGGGACGACAAUUCUUGGGAAGAACAUCGGACACAAUUGGUUUGGAAGGAUCCUGAUGAAUCUUUACAAUAGAAAUGGGGUUUUUAGUAACUGGGACGAUGGGGAGCAGGAUAUCCGGGAGGCUCUUUGCAAGAAUUAUGAGAAGGUGGAGACGAGGGUCGUCGGACGUGUGAUGAUGUUUGCAGCUUCGCAGCCUAAGCUUUAA